GUUCAAGUGUAACUUGCCUUAAACCUGGCGGCGUGAAACCGCCAUAUCAUUGCCCUACCGCAACUCCAAAACGGAGAUGGGUCGUCGUAUGCAUUUCAAUGUCCGACUUGUGGCUGUGUGGGCAGCAAUCGUCGCCAGUGUCGUGCGCGCCCAAGAUGGUACUUGCUUGGCCAGUGGCGUGCCUCCCUACCAAACCAGCACCAAGUACGCCCUGGCGUUUUGCACGCAAUUUCAGGCGGCGCGGUGUUGUCUACCGGUCCACGACAAUGCCAUUCAACGUGAAUACGUGAAUUUACUCGCGUCAAGUACAGUGUGCGCAGAGAUGCUCAACGUCCACAAGAGCACUCUAGCCCAUAUUAUGUGCGCCUCGUGCAACCCCCAGUCUCCCCAAUUCCUGUCUCCCCCACGCAACCCAGGCUUCUUCUCAGGCCAGACCACGUUCAAAGUAUGUGCGAGUUUUGCCGCCGCGGUCGCCCCCUCUUCGUUUGACCAGUGCGGGCUGAGCCAGCAAGCGUACCGGUACUCCCCAUGCACCCCCACCAACCCCGUCAGCGCAUCCGCCGCCUGGCCUGACACGUGCGCGGACGGCAUGUUCGUGUGCCAGUCCAAAGCUACGCAGGCGUUCUCGUGCCAGCCGACCCCCUGCGCCAGUGACGACGUGCCCACGGGGUUUGCUAACACCCCCUGUUCAAACUACACGUGCACGUCCAGCGCCAUGUUCCUCAACGACAACGGCGGUGCCAAGCCCGUCUUUUACGAGAAGGUGGCGGUAGAGAUCAUCGACGACAUCAACAGUGGUCCGUGCUUUGAGCCUGUAUUGGUCCACAGCAGCGCUUCGGGGGUCGGGUGGCAAGUGACAACGCUCCUGGUCGUGGGGUGGUAUUGGGGGGGGUGGGCGUGCCAGUAAAGCAUAUCCUUAUAUAAAAGCGAUGUAAACAUGUAUGAGAGCAUACUACAACUCUCGAACACAAGCACAAUAAUC